CAGAUUGUCACGCGCUCAGCCAGCCUUGCCAUACACGUCCUGCCUGCCUGCACGCGCGCUGCCUGCACCAUCUUGUCUGCGUCAGCCCCAGGCGGCACGCCAUGCGAUGCACCCCACGCAGCACAGCCCAGCGAUGGCCGCUCACCACCAGCUCACGAUGCCACUAACCCUCCGCCCAUCAGCCCUCCGCCGGCCUGCUCGAGACUUCCAGGCUGUAGACGCUGCCACUCACCGCGCUCAGCUAUGCACCUCUUCUGAAUCAACAUGGCCGCCACAAAGAAGGGCCCUGUUCUCCGCGUCACCGGCCUCGCAGCCUCGCAGCCUGACCACGAGCUGACGGCAUUGCUGAAGGCUGCCAUCAACGACAACCUGGCAAACGAAGAAAAGUCGAAGACAGACGUCAGAGUGGCUGUUGUGCCCUCCUGCUACAACGAUGAGGAAAAGGUGGCGCUGGUGGAGUGCCGUGGCGGGGUGCCUGCGUUCCUGUCAGAGCUGAUAGCCGAUCCGUUGGGGGAGUCGCAAAUGGAGAUGGGCGACACGGACACGGGCGACACGGACACGGGCGACACGGACAUGGGCGACACGGACAUAAACUUCGACCAGCACUUCUUCGGCUUCACCCAGCUGUAUACGCCAACGCCUGACGCACCAGUUGUUGCAGAUGUGAUCGCCAUCACCGGCCUCGACGGCCACGCGUACGAUUCGUGGCGGGGUGAAGGCAGCCUCGGGCGCAUGUGGCUGCGCAACUUCCUGUGCAAAGACCUGCCGUGCUGCCGCACCAUGAUCUACGGCUACAACUCGAAGCUGUCGAGCCACGGGGUGGACACCAUCAUGGACUACGGCCGGGGCCUGCUGGAGGAGCUCAAGAAGGUGCGGGGCACAGAGGAGCGGCCGCUCUUCUUCAUCGCACACAGCUUUGGCGGUAUCAUACUCGCUCAUUGCCUUGUCAAGGCGGUCCAGACGACGGAAGACGACCAUCCGACGAUAGCUUCUCUGCACAAGGCCACCUACGGCAUGCUUCUGUUUGGGAUCCCGCACAGGGGGCUCGUCGUAGACGACAUCCAGAAGAUGCUUGCUGGGGAGCACGGUCACCCGCGCAGAGAGCUGCUGGGGCAGAUCAAAAAAAAGUCCGAUCUGCUAGCAUUGCAGCUAGACGACUUCAGGAACCUCGUUCGAGACCGCAAGGUGGUGAGCUUCUACGAGACAGUGCAGACGCGGCAGCUGCAGUUUGACAGCGAGAGCAAGCGAUGGACGAGGACUGGCGACUUCGUCACCGCCGUAGACAGCGACUCAGCGCUUCUCCAGCUCCCAGAUGCUAUGGAAGAGAAGAUCCCCCUAGACGCCGACCACUCGAUGAUCGUCAAGUUCGACAACAAGAACGCUCGAGGGUACAGCAGCGCGCGGGACAAGCUUAGGCAGUUUGCGCGGGACGCUCCGAGAGUGGUGGCAGAUCGCUUUGCGCGAGCGCAGAACAGGCCUAAAUCGUGCAACAUGGUACCGUUUCCACGAGACAGUGCAUUUGUGGGCCGAAGGGACGUCCUCGCAAAGAUCGGGGAGAUACACAGAGGCUCGGCUUUGCCAAGUCACAGCCGUGUAGCGCUUGUCGGCCUAGGAGGCGUAGGAAAGUCGCAGAUUGCCAUCGAGUACGCGUACAGAACCAGAGAGGCUGCGCCGGACAUGUGGGUGUUCUGGGUGCACGCAAGCAAUGUCGCCAGGUUUAAGCAAGCCUAUCAAGAGAUUGCCGUCAGGGUAGAGCUGCCGGGGCGCGACGACCCCAAGACGGACAUCUUCCGCUUGGUGCACAACUGGCUCUGCGACGAGAGGAACGGGCGGUGGCUAAUGAUCGUCGACAACGCUGACGACGAUCGCGUGUUCGCCUCUCCCGGCGCUACUGACAGUUCAGGUAGCGCUGCGCAAGGGCUUGAACCCACUCGGGAAGCGGCGGCGCCGUUGGCGAGCUUCCUUCCGCAAGCGGCACACGGCUGGAUACUGGUCACCUCGCGAGAUCUGAUCCCUGCCGUGAACCUGGUGGGGGAGGGACACAACGUGAUUGAGGUGAAGCCCAUGGGCGAGCGAGAUGCUCUGACAUUGUUGAAGUCGAAGACACAGGUGGACAAGUCAUCCGAAGGCGACGCGCGAGAGCUUGUCAAGACGCUGGAAGGCAUCCCGCUCGCUGUCACGCAGGCGGCCGCGUACAUCACAGUGAACAAACUGAUGGUGGAUAUCGCUGCGUAUCUUAAGCUUUUCCGCGAGAGUGAGGAGAACCAAGCGCACCUCCUAAACAACAAGGAAGCAAGAGACAUAAGGCGAGACGCUACUGUAUCAAGCGCCGUCAUCACCACCUGGCAACUAUCGUUCGAGCAGAUCCGAAAGACAAGGCCUGAGGCGGCGGACCUGCUCUCGCUGAUGACCAUGUUCGACAGACAGGGUAUCCCCGAACACGUACUAUAUGAGGGCAGAAGCAAGCUGCAGUUUGCAGAAGUUGUAGGGCCAUUGCUACGAUUCUCUCUAAUCAGGGCGCAAGCUAGAGAGCAGUCAGAAAUGCGACUCCAGGAGCAACUGUUUGAGAUGCACAGCUUGGUGCAGCUGGCGACGAGAGAAUGGGUAAAGUUGCAUGGUCAAGUCAGUGUGUGGCAGAGAGCAGCGCUGCGAAUCAUGGCUGCGGCGUUUCCCAGCGGGCAGCACGAGACGUGGGCGGCUUGUCGAACUCUGCUUCCGCACUCGACGAAGGUACUUGGCUACAGCACGGAGAAGAACGACGAGGCGAGGCUGAACCGAGCGACAAUCGCGACCAACACGGCGUGGUACCUGAUGUUGAUGGGGCAGUAUGCAGAGGCAGAGCGGAUUGGACGCAGUGCAGUUGCGGCAAGAGAGGAGGUACUUGGGCUCGAGCACCCCUACACGCUCAUCAGCGUCAGCAACCUUGGGACGGUGCUGUCGAGGCAGGGCAAGUACGAGGAGGCAGAAGUGAUGCAUCGACGAGCGUUGGAAGGGUACGAAAAGGCGCUUGGGCUCGAGUACCCCUACACGCUCACCAGUGUCAGCAACCUUGGGUCGGUACUGGAGAGGCAGGGCAAGUACGAGGAGGCAGAAGCGAUGCAUCGACGAGCGCUGGAAGGAAGAGAGAAGGCGCUUGGGCUCGAGCACCCCGACACGCUCACCAGCGUCAGCAACCUUGGGUUGGUGCUGGAGAGGCAGGGCAAGUAUGAGGAGGCAGAAGCGAUGCAUCGACGAGAUCUAGAAGGGUCAGAGAAGGUGCUUGGGCUCGAGCACCCCGAUACGCUCACCAGCGUCAGCAACCUUGGGUCGGUGCUGUUGAGUCAGGGCAAAUACGAGGAGGCAGAAGCGAUGCAUCGACGAGCGCUGGAAGGAAGCGAGAAGGCGCUUGGGCUCGAGCACCCCGACACGCUCACCAGCGUCAGCAACCUUGGGUCGGUGCUGGAGAGGCAGGGCAAGUACGAGGAGGCAGAAGCGAUGCAUCGACGAGAUCUAGAAGGGUCAGAGAAGGUGCUUGGGCUCGAGCACCCCGACACGCUCACCAGCGUCAGCAACCUUGGGUCGGUGCUGUCGAGGCAGGGCAAGUACGAAGAGGCAGAAGCAAUGCAUCGACGAGCGCUGGAAGGAAGAGAGAAGGCGCUUGGGCUCAAGCACCCCGACACGCUCACCAGCGUCAGCAACCUUGGGUCGGUGCUGUCGAGUCAGGGCAACAACCUUGGGUCGGUGCUGUUGAGUCAGGGCAAAUACGAGGAGGCAGAAGCGAUGUAUCGACGAGCGCUGGAAGGAAGCGAGAAGGUGCUUGGACUCGAGCACCCCGACACGCUCACCAGCGUUAGCAACCUUGGGUCGGUGUUAUGGAGCCAAGGGCAGUUUGCGGACGCCGAAACCCUAGAAACACGGGUGAGGGAGGCAAGGAAGAGGAUACUUGGAGAUGACCAUCCAGACACACUGACGGUAAUGGCCAACCUCGCGUUCACGCAAGGUUGCAAGCUGGAGGUUAUGUCGCUAAUGGAAGCAUGCGUUCAAGCACGAACACAAGUCCUCAGGCCUAGCCAUCCUGACACUGAGUCUUCUACAGCGACGCUGAACCGGUGGCGUUUAGAGAGCCUAGAUCUAGGGACGUGA